AAACCUACCUAUGAACGUAAAAUUUAGACUUUAAAAUGUUGACGGUACAAAUUCCAAAAUAAUUUUAUAGGAAAAUGGGGUAACCAAAGAUAGCCACACUCCUCUCUCAUCGAUUUGUACGGAAACGUUACAGCCAAUGGACUCAACCGAAGACUUACACUUCUUGUUAACGGCGCAACGCCACGAACUCACGGCGGCGGAAUCCAUGGAAUCCGAUCUCGACUUUGCUUACCGUCUCCAAUUACAGGAAGCCUUAGCCGCUUCUCUCACCAACCAUCCUUCUUCCUCCUCCACAGACGUUAUUUUCGAAGAACCGAUCAUCGACGACGACGACGCCGUUUUCAACGCAACGUCUCUCCAAUUGGAAGAGCUUGAAAAGAUGGAAACGGAAAUGCACGACAGGGAGCAGAGCGAGAGAGUAAUGCGUGAGGCGAAGGAUGAUCUCCGCCGUCGAAUUCAUGAUCAGAAAAUGGCGUCGGAGAUUCUCAAUUUUCCUGAGGAGGAUUGGGAGGAAUGGGGGGAUAAAUUCGAGAAACCUUUCGGGGAAGGUUGUUCGGGGGAAGGUUGUUCGAAAAGUUCGAAAAGUGGUAGAAGUGAUGAAGGUGCGGUUGUUAGGGUUUAUUUUAAGGGUUUAGUGAGUGAAGAAAGUGUGAGAGAUGAGAAUUUUUCUGUGGCUGGGAUUGGUGUUGCUGUUUGUGAUUUGAAUGAUAAUUUGAUAUUUGAAGUUUCUAAAGCUGUUGUUGGGAAUGGAACAAAUAAAGUUGCUGUGGAACUUAAGGCUUUGAUUGAAGCUUUCAAUGCUGUUCUUGCUUUGGAUUUGAAAAAUGUUAUUUGUUUUGGUGAUCAUUAUCCACUUUUUCAAUUUUUAAGUGGAAAAUGGCCUGCAAAACAGAGGAAGAUUGCUAUGUUACUUAAUCAGGUGAAUCUGCUUCAAAGAAAAUUUGCAUACUGCAGUCCAAGGCUAGUGGCGAGACAGGAUCUGAAAUUUGCAUUGAAGCUUGCAAAAGAUGCAAUUGUUUCUCAGUCCACGAGGCCUGCUGAGUCUAGCAGCGCAAAGAGUCUGAAAGAAACUUGUGUCAUUUGUUUGGAGGAUACCGAUCAUAGUCAAUUUUUUUCAGUUGAUGGUUGUCAACACAGGUAUUGCUUUUCUUGCAUGAAGCAACAUGUGGAGGUGAAGUUGCUCCAUGGAAUGGUGCCAAUAUGCCCUCAUGAGGGAUGCAAGAAUGAGCUUCUAGUUGACAGUUGCCGGAAAUUCUUGACUUCUAAAUUAGUUGAAACUAUGCAGCAACGAAAAGUGGAAGCUUCAAUUCCGCAUACUGAGAAAAUUUACUGUCCUUAUCCAAGAUGCUCUGCAUUAAUGUCAAAAAGUGAAGUUUUAAACUACUCCAAAAGUCUUAUGGGCUCCGAACAUUCGUUACCCAAGAAAUGCGUAAAAUGUCAUGGUCUUUUCUGUUUCGGCUGCAAGGUUCCUUGGCACAGUGGUAUGACAUGUUAUACUUACAAAAGGUUGAAUCCUAACCCUCCAGCAGAUGAUGUGAAGUUGAAAUUUCUGGCAUCAAGGAGUCUUUGGAAGCAGUGCGUGAAGUGUAACCAUAUGAUUGAACUUGCUGAAGGUUGCUACCACAUGACUUGCAGAUGUGGUUACGAAUUUUGCUAUAAAUGUGGAGCUGAGUGGAAGGACAAAAAAGCAACAUGUUCUUGUCCACUUUGGGAAGAGAACAAUAUUUGGUUAGAAGAUCGCCAUGCUGAGUCAGAGGAAGAUGAGGAAGAAGAUGAUGAUGAUUUUUAUUAUUAAGUGCUCACAACUUCACUGUCUUGACUUAGUUUUGGACUGUUGCUGGUAAAUAUGAUAUAUAGUCAUAUUUUAAGGCAACCCAAAUUUGAAAGUUAGUUGUAAAUAAUGAAGACUUUCUUUCCAGUAAUCUCUAAUUCUAUCAAAGAAUUGUGAAACGACUUUAGGGUUCAAAGAACACUUGUGACACUUUCUCUCAAAUUCACAUGUCUUUUUUUACCCAACCAAACUUUUGGAGUUUAAAAUCUUCUUAUUCAGUUUGGCCAUUUUCUUGGCAAAUGUUAUAGAACUAGAAUAUGAUAAACAAAAAUUUAUUUUA